GUCCACCAACUGGUGGUUAGGGUUUGAGCCCUCUUAAGCAAACAACCACCACCACCACCAGACAAUAUUCGUUGAACCCUUUCUUUUUUUUUUUUUUUUUUUUUGCUUCUUUUAUUAUUUCCUUUAAAUUGUCUUGAUUAAUUUAAGUAGGAGAAGAAGAAGAAGAAGAGAACAUUCUAGCGCGUUUUUAGCGUGUGUUUGGGUUUGUCACACGUGUAAAACUUACAAGCAUUGCCAAAGAAAUAUUCUGCUAACAAUUUAUUUUUAUUUUUAAAAAAAGUUAAACAAACCCGAAUAAUUUUAAUAUUAUAUUGUGGUUGGUACUGCUGUAGCUAUUAAAAUUGUCAAAUUAUUGAUAAUUAUAUAUUAUUAUUGUUGUGUGAGUUGGUGCCGUUGUUCCAAUGAUAAGGAGGUUGAUUUUUGUUUGGGGCUGUAUCUGUAUAUCUUUUUGGUCUUUGGGAUUAUUAGUUUUUUUUUCUUUUCUUUCUUUCUCUGUCUCCAUUUUAGGUAAGGCAUAAGGGAGUUUGUAUUGGCCGACUUUGGAAUUACAACACUUUUUUUGGGCAAAGGUUUCUUCUUCCCACUAAAGAAGCAUCAUUUGAUUGUUCUUGGAGCUUUCAGAUAUGGAUAUGCCAUUUAAUCGUGAAGAGCACUACAUCAAACUUUUUGAGGAGUUUCUUCGUUUUGAUACAUACAGAUCGAUAUUAGAAUCCAAAGUAUGGCUACUUAUGUCCCAAACCAAAGCUUAAAAAAAUGUGACUUGGCGAGUACUACCACAGCAGCCUAUGAGGAUGGUCACGAAGCAUUUGUUACAUGUCCUCAACCAUCUUUGAACCAAGCUUCACCCACUGAACCAUUCUCGAUGAGUUUUCAUGGCUCUUCAAAUUACUGCGUUGACUCAUCUCAAGGGAGAAACGAAAUGAUGUUUAUUCCAACGAUAGCCACCGACCCAGUUGGUAGCUCCAUGAAUGGUGAUGAUUCUUUGGUUAAUCAUCAGAAUAAUGUUCAUUACCAAGGUCAGGGCUUAUCUCUCAGCUUAGGCAAACAGAUUCAUGAGUCUCCAGUUUCUUUGACUUCUUUUCAUCAUGAUAACCAGUACCAUUAUUCAUCGAACCCUAGUCUUUCUUCUGAUAUGGGUACUUGUCUACCAAGUAAUAAUAUGGGAAUGGGAUUGGGAAGCAACCAACAAAACGUUGAGAGCUUCAAUUUUAUGGCAUCUGGGUUCUUGGGAAUCAACAACAACAACAAUUCAAUCAAAACGGAGUGUUUUGGAAAUCAAAUAAUGCAGCAGGGUGAAAGAUAUCAUGAUCAAUAUGAUCAACCAUCAUGUGGUUUCAAUAACUUCAAGUACCUCAAGGCUGUCCAGGAAUUGCUUGCUGAAGUGGUGAAUGUUCGAAAGGCUUUGAACAAACACCAGAAUCAUAAGUUUCAGGGGAAUGGAUCAGAUGGUUUUAAAGAAAGCGAUUUGAAAUCAAACGGUCCUUCUGCGGAUCCUAGUGAAUCAACCGCUAACUCCUCUUGUGAGCUAUCUUCAACCGAACAACAGGACUUGCAAAACACGAAGACCAAACUCAUGUCCAUGUUGGACGAUAUAGACAUAAAAUACAAGCAAUAUUAUAACCAAAUGCAAACCGUGGUGUCGUUUUUGGACAAUGUGGCCGGGCGUGGGGCCGCGGAGCCAUACACUUCACUAGCCCAGAAAACAAUCUCACGCCAUUUCCGGUGCUUGCGAGAUGGGAUCAGUAGUCAAAUCCAAGCCAUCCAAAGAAGACUUGGGGAACAAGACAAUGGUCAAAACUCAGCUAUACCUCGUCUCCGCUAUGUUGACUUAAAGCUCAGACAACAGAGGGGGCUUAAUCAGCUUGCCGCCAUGCGACAUGCUUGGAGACCUCAGAGGGGUCUCCCAGAAACCUCUGUUUCGAUCCUCCGUGCCUGGCUUUUCGAGCAUUUCCUUCAUCCUUAUCCAAAAGAAUCAGAGAAAGUUGUCCUAGCAAAGCAAACAGGGUUGACCACAAAGCAAGUGGCGAACUGGUUUAUCAAUGCCAGAGUACGGCUUUGGAAGCCCAUGGUUGAAGAGAUGUACAAGGAAGAGUUCAACGAUUUGGAGAUGAACUCCAAAGAAGCAGGAGGAGGAGGAGGAGCAGCAGUUGAUUCUUCGUUUGAGGAGAAUAGGAGGGAAGAGAUGAAUCCUCUUCAAACUCAGAAUCGUCGUUUGCGUGACGAAACUAACGUCACGGACUCCGAAACGACAAAGUCACCAGUCCAUAACGCUGGCGUUUAUCUGGACGACGACACUGUCCGUACUAGUACUACUACUAAUACCAGCACCAACCAGAACCAGAACCAGAACCAGGCGUCGUAUGAUGAUAUAUCAGAGUUGAGCAGCAUCGUAGUUCGUAACGAGCGCCACGUGUCGCUGGCGUUGGAGUUGCGCCACUGCGAAAGUGAUGGAUUUUCCACGUUGGGCGGGUCCCAUAUGAGGGGUGAUGACGAGUCAGCUUCGCAAGCUUCUCUGGAUUAUCAUUGCCUGGAAACAGAGCAGCAGGAACGACGCAGGUUCAGCAGCAACCCUCACCUGUUGCAUGAUUUUGUAGUGUGUCAUUUAAAAAAUUAAAAUAAAUAAAGAAUGAUAAUUUAGCUUCUAACGUUCAGAUUGUGGAAAGUUGGAAACCCCAUAAAAAAAAAAUAAUAAUAAAAGCAAGAAAAUAUUUCAUGUGCUGUUACUUUCGGUCUUUGUCUUUUUUUUUUUUUUUUCUUUUGUUACCCUGUUUCAUUGGUUAGAGAGCUUAAAUUACCAAAAAAAAUAUAUAUUGGGCAGUACAGUUAGGAGAUAUCAUGUAGAUACAUACAUACAACAUUAAUGUAGAGUGAUUUGUAAUGGUACCAUGAAUAAACAAACGUAUCUGUUCAUUGAAA